GGUCUAUCGUCGAAGUGGACAAGCGCUCAGGAGCUGAAGUAGAGUUUCUCGAUGAUCACCGCCCUUCUGAUCAGGUUGCGACGCCAUAUACUGCGACCACUAAUUCCAAAGUGGACUUCUCCACAGAUCUCUUGCUACGACUUAACAAAGCACGACAUAUCAUAAAGGUUUCACUUUUUGGGCGGAAAGAACCAGAGUUUUAGUCCAUCGUCGUCAUGGCAGCGUCUCCAAAUUCGUCCUCUUUGUCUUCGUCGUUUUCUUGCCUGCUUGGAAGAUGCGUUGCUUCAGCGACUGCGAAAACAGAAAACGACAAUGAGAAAUUAUCGCCAGAAAUGGUGUCUGCAGGACAAAGCAGGUGCGGAGUAUUAAGUGUAAGUUCCACUGCUACUGCUAAAACCAACGCCAUUCGACCUCCACCGCUGCGUCCACCACGAAAUCAAAUGCGAAGGAGAGCUAUCAAAUGUAAAAAUGUCUGGGUCUGGAAGAAUGCAACUUGUGAUGCUGAGUUUGGAUUCCAAAAAAAUCUGUAUUGCAUGAGCAGCAAAGGGAGUGUAAUUUUUGCUACGCGGAGAGGGCAUUUGUCAUGCGGAAUAGGCAUCGCGAGGCCCUCCAAAAAUCUGUGAUGCUAGGGCAUGCAUCACAUCAUGGCCCAGGCAAAACAUGCAUGACAAGUCUCAGAAUCUUCCAGACCCAGACAUUUUUACACUUGAUAAGAGCGGCGCACCCGGCACUCGCCGCAGCCUAUCCUGAGUAAAAACGUACCCACACCAGAGUCAGGAUGGGGAUUUUGCAACACAAACCUACGAGUUUUGUGAGUCACGCAUGACAAGUUGCACUCUGCAGUGUAGUGCAGGUUAGCAAGUGCAGCCGCAUCACAAAUCCAGCUGCUCGUCCUGUUCACAGCAUCACAAAUUCCAAAACACGAUUGGAAAUGGCUCUCAUGGGGAUGCGCAUUACAAGUCUUCCUGUCUUUGCAAAUCUGCAUUACAGCUCUGGUGUGGGUACGUUUUUACUCAGGAUACAGCCGCGUCGUUGUUUUCGAGCGCGUCAGUACUUCCAAAUCUCGCAUCCGCCGAGCUGUACAGUUUUCGGCUUCGCCUUCCGCAGGCUCGGAGCAUGGAAAUAACGCACUCCGUCACGAUUGCAGCGACGCCGGAGCAGCCUGGGGAGUUUCUGAUUGACGGGGAGGAACUGCACCUCUUAACGGAUUCCGUCGGUGCAGACCACGUGCAGAUCGUGAUCAUGCGGGCCGAGGACCUGGAAGAACGGUUGGACCACGAGCAUUUUUGCUGCUCGGACGAAGACGUAGAGAACCUGUCCGCCGUGGAGGGGACAAAAAAGGACGAAGCCGCAGCGGCCGGGUGCAUGGAGAAACACAGCGUCCGGUACACGAAAGGCCCGAACGCGUUUCUGUCCGCAACAAAAUUGGCGGACGCGAAAGGCAGAAGCGUCCGGUUCUCGGUGAUGGAAAAGAGUUUGUACUACAUAGGUCUCGCCAACUGCGCAGAAGCCAACUUCGACCCGCUCAGGGACUUCGUCGAGGUACUUGUUUUGUGCGUAAUAUAUCUCUGGCGUGGGUACGUAAGCGUCACCUGACGCCUGUUUUAGCCUGAAAUAGGAAGUCCCUGUCCGAGAUGAAACGAGAGCUCGCCAAAAUAAAACAAACAGGGCAAAAUUUAUGCGAAGUCGAGUCAUGGAUACCUUCCCGCGGUCGACGCUCCCGCCAUGUUUUUCAACGAGUAUCUUGUCGCCUUCUACUCGGUUCUACUCCUCUACUGGCUGUACACCAUUUUCGCCUAUAAGUCCCACCUCGUGUCCCUCCACCAUUUUCUCACCGGCUUGGUUGUGCUCGCGUGGGUCUGUGCCGUGGGCCGGUAUCAUCUCUAUUCCGUUUCAAACGACACCGUGGACCUGACCGCGCACGCCAAAAACCACGUGUUCUUCGCGGAGGUGGCGCAGGCGAUUCGAUUCGCGUUCAUCUUGGUGGUCUGCGUCAGCAUCUCCCUUGGUUGCGGCAUUGUUUUGGAAACGUGUCCGCACAAAACCAUGCUGUUUUCCUGUGCCGGAGUGUACGCAGGACUCUCCAGUGUGCGGGUACUAAUGAUCGUUGUUUUGCUGAUGUCCAUGUCCUGCAGCACGGGCGGGUAGCUCAAAUUUGAGAACCUCUUUUGAUUGACUGAGGGAACGACCUUUGCCUCUGCUUUUGCAGCUUUUCCGAAGAAUUUGAAACCUUUUAUCUCCCAAUUAUCGCUCUCCACAGGCACUGAUGCUUCGGGGUGGAGGCAGCGGGUCGCCCCUUCUUCCCACUGGGGUGGCCGCCUUGGACCACCUGUCCGACACGAGCGCGUUCGCGAUCCUGCCGGAAGCCAUGACCUUCGCAUACCUGGUCAGCUGGGCGGGCCGGGGUUUUUCGCAGCUGAAGGCGUCUUUGGUAGAAAGCAGGCAGCUGGAAUCGCUGGCUAGGCUACUUACCUUCGGCAACAUGGUCUACUAUACCGCGAUCAGUACUAGUUUACUUGUCCUUUCUUUCAAUUCGAGUCUGACUCUGAUCGGUAAUCUAUGUAGAUUCCCCUAGCUUUUGUGGGAUUCUUCCUCCACUGAUCUUGCAUAUCUAUCAUCUGCCAAGAACUCGUGAUGAAAACACAAAAUUAUAAAUCAAAUCAAGUAUUUUGUCCACCCAGGCGUCGCCAUCUGCACCGCUCUGGAAGUUGUUCUGGAGUCGUCGCUCGAUAUCGUUGGGAGAUGGCCGCUGGUGUGGUUUUUCGAUGAGGGCGCGCCGAACGUGGCGUUUGCGUGUGUGGUCAGCGGGCUCCUAUAUCUUUUUCUUCCCUCGAGGAAUAACUUCAAGCUGAAGUGCAGCAUGCAGCAGGUGGCGGCACACGACGACGUGGACGCCACGGUGCUUGGGACGCAGAUAGAACUGGCGGACGUGCGGGCGCGGGCGGGCGUAGACAACGGAAGCGAAAAUGAAGAUCAGCACGUCGUGGACCUGGAGCCAGCGGGACCUGGAAACCACGCCCGAGGAAGCUCGCCAGACGGGAAUAAAUCGAGGUAUCUCGAAUAGGUGUCCGCAGGAAUUUGAAGCUGGUUUCUUCGUCGUUUUUUGGCCGCAAAUGAAGACUUCUUUCAUAAGCAGCUUCAAAAUGCGACUUUUCGACGUGGUACGCAAUACUUUCUGUGCUCAUGAACUUCUCAAUGUAACAACUGUGUGUGUGUGUCCUUGAUGUCUGAGCAAUGUAUGAAAAGACGUACAACAUCCGCGAUCAAAUUCAAAAUGAAUGCGUUUUGCAGCAAGGAAGGUGUGUUGCUAAUUCGGCACACCCAGUUAUUGCGAAAUUUCAUUGGAUAUUCUCGAAUGUUUGACAA